GGUGAGUGCGUCAUCGCGAGGUGGGGUGGAAUGGGGGCGGGAGUGGGCGAGGCCCGAGGGGUAGAGCCGGCUUAGUCAUUGGGGCUCGUAGAGGUGGCCGCGCGCCCAUUGGCCGAAGAAACCAUGAUGGGCAGCCGGCAGGGGUGGACCCCUUCUGGAAGGUUCUGAGGCAGGGUAUAAGAGACAGGGUGGCGGGCGGAAACCGAUCUCAUUGAACGCUGGGCUAAAUCGCCAGACGGCUGAUUUCUUCUCAAGCCGGGCCGGGCCCCCACAGAAGCAACGAUGUCUAAGGGACCUGCAGUUGGCAUUGAUCUUGGCACCACCUACUCUUGCGUGGGUGUCUUCCAGCAUGGGAAAGUGGAAAUAAUUGCCAAUGAUCAGGGAAACCGAACCACCCCAAGUUACGUCGCCUUCACGGACACCGAACGAUUGAUCGGUGAUGCUGCGAAGAAUCAAGUUGCGAUGAACCCCACCAACACAGUUUUUGAUGCCAAACGCCUAAUUGGACGUAGAUUUGAUGAUGCUGUUGUCCAAUCUGAUAUGAAGCAUUGGCCUUUUAUGGUGGUGAAUGAUGCUGGCAGGCCCAAGGUCCAAGUAGAAUACAAGGGAGAGACAAAAAGUUUCUAUCCAGAGGAGGUGUCCUCUAUGGUUUUGACGAAGAUGAAGGAAAUUGCAGAGGCCUACCUUGGGAAGACUGUUACCAAUGCAGUUGUCACGGUACCUGCAUACUUCAAUGACUCUCAGCGUCAGGCUACCAAAGAUGCUGGAACUAUUGCUGGUCUCAAUGUACUUCGAAUCAUCAACGAGCCAACUGCUGCUGCUAUUGCUUAUGGCUUAGACAAGAAGGUUGGUGCUGAAAGGAAUGUGCUGAUCUUUGACUUAGGAGGUGGCACUUUUGAUGUGUCAAUCCUUACUAUUGAAGAUGGGAUCUUUGAGGUUAAAUCCACAGCUGGAGACACCCACUUAGGUGGAGAAGACUUCGACAACAGGAUGGUCAACCAUUUUAUUGCAGAAUUCAAGCGCAAACAUAAGAAGGACAUCAGUGAAAACAAGAGGGCAGUUCGUCGUCUCCGUACUGCUUGUGAACGUGCUAAGCGUACGCUUUCUUCCAGCACGCAGGCCAGUAUUGAGAUUGAUUCUCUAUAUGAAGGAAUCGACUUCUAUACCUCUAUUACUCGUGCCCGGUUUGAAGAAUUAAAUGCUGAUCUGUUCCGUGGCACCCUGGACCCUGUAGAGAAAGCCCUUCGGGAUGCCAAACUAGACAAGUCUCAGAUCCACGAUAUUGUCCUGGUGGGUGGUUCUACCCGUAUCCCCAAGAUUCAGAAACUUCUACAAGAUUUCUUCAAUGGGAAAGAACUGAAUAAGAGCAUCAACCCUGAUGAGGCUGUUGCUUACGGUGCAGCUGUCCAGGCAGCCAUCCUUUCUGGAGACAAAUCUGAAAAUGUUCAAGAUUUGCUGCUGUUGGACGUCACUCCACUUUCUCUUGGCAUUGAAACUGCUGGAGGAGUCAUGACUGUUCUCAUCAAGCGUAAUACUACCAUUCCUACCAAACAGACACAAACCUUCACUACCUACUCUGACAACCAGCCUGGUGUGCUUAUUCAGGUGUAUGAAGGUGAGCGUGCCAUGACCAAGGAUAACAACCUACUUGGCAAGUUCGAACUCACAGGCAUACCUCCUGCCCCUCGUGGCGUUCCUCAGAUUGAAGUCACUUUUGAUAUUGAUGCUAAUGGUAUCCUCAAUGUCUCUGCUGUGGAUAAGAGCACAGGAAAAGAGAACAAGAUUACCAUCACUAAUGACAAGGGCCGCUUGAGCAAGGAAGACAUUGAGCGCAUGGUCCAGGAAGCUGAGAAGUACAAAGCUGAAGAUGAGAAACAGCGAGACAAGGUGUCUUCCAAGAACUCACUUGAGUCUUAUGCAUUCAACAUGAAAGCAACUGUUGAAGAUGAAAAACUGCAGGGCAAGAUCAAUGAUGAGGACAAACAGAAGAUUCUUGACAAGUGCAAUGAAAUCAUCAAUUGGCUUGAUAAGAACCAGACUGCAGAGAAGGAAGAAUUUGAACACCAGCAGAAAGAGCUGGAGAAAGUCUGCAAUCCUAUCAUUACCAAACUGUACCAGAGUGCAGGGGGCAUGCCAGGAGGAAUGCCUGGAGGCUUCCCUGGUGGUGGAGCUCCUCCCUCUGGUGGUGCCUCCUCUGGACCCACCAUCGAAGAGGUUGAUUAAGCCAACCUGAGAAUAGGUCUAGCAUUGUUCCACACAAAAUAUUCGAAGGACCCAAAUUUGUAGCAAAUUCCAUGGCAGUUUUAAUGUUGAGCUGCUAUAGUAAAUAAACUGGGCAUUCUUUAUACUUGAAUAUGGAAUACGUGCACAGGGAAAGGAAAUAAACAUUGCACUUUAUAAGCACUGUAUUGUUAAGUGGAAAAUGCAAUGUCUUAAAUAAAACUGUAUUUAAUUGGCACCA